CGCAGCCGCUGCGCUUUGCGGGACCCCAUCUCCAGGUUCCACACGCGCCCUUAGACUAGCCUCGCUUUUCUCACCCUCGCGCUGUCUCUCUCUCGCUCUUGUUCGCUCUCUUUCUCUCGCGCACGCCUGGCCUCGAACCCCGCGGGAGAAAAGAAGAGAACGCAGAUCUCGACGCUUCCGGGAAAAAGUUUUUGGCCGGCCGCUGUCAAAGGAGAUUGGUAUUGUAUUUCUUUUGAACCACUAGUCGAUGGAUUUAUCACUGACAAUACAACAACAUUUUAGCUAGAAAUCGUGUGAAGCAUGGGUGACUGGAGCUUUCUGGGUCGGCUGCUGGAGAACGCUCAAGAACACUCCACCGUGAUUGGCAAGGUGUGGCUGACAGUCCUCUUCAUCUUCCGUAUCCUGGUCCUCGGGACGGCUGCGGAGGAGGUGUGGGGUGACGAGCAGUCAGACUUUACCUGCAACACGCAGCAGCCCGGUUGCGAGAACGUGUGCUACGACGAAGCCUUCCCCAUCUCACACAUCCGCUUCUGGGUGCUGCAGAUUAUCUUUGUGUCCACGCCCACCUUGAUCUACCUGGGACACGUGCUGCACAUUGUCCGCAUGGAGGAGAAACGCCGCGAGAAGGAGGAGGAGCUGCGGAAGGCCAGCCGGCAGCAGGAGGAGAGAGACCCUCUGUACAGGAACGGAGGAGGAGGAGGGGGAGGAGGGAAAAAGGAGAAGCCCCCAAUCAGAGACGAGCACGGUAAAAUUCGCAUCCGGGGGGCUCUCCUGCGCACGUACGUGUUCAACAUCAUCUUCAAGACGCUGUUCGAGGUGGGCUUCAUCCUGGGUCAGUACUUCCUGUAUGGCUUCCAGCUCAGCCCCCUGUAUAAGUGUGGUCGCUGGCCCUGCCCCAACACGGUGGACUGCUUCAUCUCACGCCCCACAGAGAAGACCAUCUUCAUCAUCUUCAUGCUGGUGGUGGCCUGCGUCUCCCUGCUGCUCAACCUGCUGGAGAUAUACCACCUGGGAUGGAAGAAGGUGAAGCAGGGGGUCAGCAACGAGUUUGCGCCCGACCGAAUGGCGCUCCCCCUGGCCAGAGACGAGGCGGUGGAGUCCAAUAUGAUCCAGGAGGGGAUCGCCCACCCGGCCCUCAACUGCCUGCCUACAUACGGUGGCGUGAACGUGGUAUACCUGCCCAAUGAGCAGGCAAACGCCAUGGCCGCCUUAUCCGAGCAGCAGGCAGUGGCGGCGGAACUCAAGAUGGACCGUUUCCAUGAAGACUUCCUGCUGGAGGCUCCUCCCACAUCCUUCUACGGCAGCGAGGGCAGCGGCCAGCAGCAGUCCGUGGAGCAGAACUGGGCCAACAUGGCCAUGGAGCUGCAGACUCUGGACGCUGCCAAGUCCUCCUCCUACCCUCCUCCUCCCUCCUCCCCUUCUCCCCUACCCUCCUCCUCUUCCGACCAGGAGCAGUCACCCCCUCCACCGGACACUGCCCCUCCUAUCCCCGACUCCCGCUCCUCCACCCUCCCCCUGGGGGAAUCGAGAAGGAGUGAGGAGCACCAGCAGCAGGAAGAAGAGGAAGUGGAGGCGGUGCUGCCACUGGCGCACGGUGAUGAUGUCAUGGUGACCCGGGUGGAGAUGCACGAGCCGCCCGUUUUCAUAGCAGCGGACGCCCGGAGGCUGAGCAGGGCCAGCAAGACCAGCAGCGUCCGAGCCCGGCCCGACGACCUUGCCGUGUAACACACACACACACACACACACUCUCACACACACACACACUCUCACACACUUUCACACAAUCACAUACAAACACAUGCAGACCCCUAUCCACCACCGAACCCCGAUGACUCCGGGUUCGAUACAUGAUAUAUCUAUGAUGAUCAGGUGUCAAAUGUUGUGUGAA